UCCAACCGCCCCGCCCCCUCCGGCCGGUUCACAGUUCACACUCGCGUCGCGUGCGGGCGUGCGCGCGCGUCUCUCUCUCGCUCUCUCCUUUGAUUCCGCAUAUAUAUCUCCGCACCGCACCGGCCGCUUUGCCAGCCCAACGAAACGUGAGUCGUCGAGAGAGAGAAGCUAGCUAGCUAGCUAGAGAUAAAACCAGCCGGCUGCUGCGGGCGACGACGACGAGCAUGGCGGCGAUCCGGCACCGGACGGUGGAGGCGAACGGCAUCUCGAUGCACGUGGCGGAGUCGGGCGCCGAAGGGGACCCCGCGGUUGUGUUCCUGCACGGCUUCCCGGAGCUCUGGUACUCGUGGCGCCACCAGAUGGCGCACCUGGCCGCGCGGGGCUACCGCUGCGUGGCGCCCGACCUCCGCGGCUACGGCGGCACCGCCGCGCCGACCGACGUCGCGUCCUACACCGCCUUCCACGUCGUCGGCGACGUCGUGGCGCUGCUCGACGCGCUCGGCAUCCAAAAGGUGUUCGUGGUGGGUCACGACUGGGGCGCCAUCAUCGCGUGGUACCUGUGCCUGUUCCGGCCGGACCGGGUCACGGCGCUCGUCAACACCAGCGUCGCCUUCAUGCGCCAUGUCUUCAUCCGCGCCGGCGCCUCCGCCGUCAAGCCCACCGACUACUUCUGCCGCAACUACGGGCCCACCUACUACAUCUGCCGCUUCCAGGAGCCUGGUGUCGCAGAGAAGGAGUUCUCGCCGGCGACCGCCCGGUACCUGAUGAAGCCGAUCCUGUGCAACCGCUUCACCUCCUCGGCGGCAGGCGGCGAGAAGCCAGCAGACACGGCGGCGCCCGCCGCCCCCGUCGAGGAACCGCUGCCGCCGUGGCUGACGGAGGAGGACGUGGGCCACUUUGUGUCGGAGUUCGAGCGGACGGGCUUCACGGGGCCCAUCAACUACUACCGCAACAUGGACCGCAACUGGGAGCUGGCGGCGCCGUGGGCGGACGCCAAGGUGCAGGUGCCCACCAGGUUCAUCGUCGGCGACGGCGACCUCACCUACCACUACCCGGGCAUCCAGGACUACAUCCACAAGGGCGGGUUCCAGGCCGACGUACCGGGGCUCGACAGCGUCGUCGUCAUCCCCGGCGCCGGCCACUUCGUCCAGCAGGAGAAGGCCGACGAGGUUAGCCAGCAUAUCUACGACUUCAUCUCCAAGUUCUGAUGGAUGGAUCGACGACCAUCGUCAGCUUGGCUGCUGUCUGCUGAAAACUGAAAUCAACCUCGAUCAUGUUGCCAAUUUGUUUUGUAUUUUGAAUUUAAAUUAACAAUAAGUGUAUGCACAAUACGUGUUUUUAAUUAUUUGUGACUUCGAUAUGGAGUGAGUUGUUCCAAGUUUCAGCGUACAUACAUUGUAUGAUCGAUGUGAAAUGAAUAAACCAUGUAUUUCAGAAAAUUGAAA